ACUGUCAAGUACAUGUUAUUCCAAUUUUUGUAGCUCGAAAUGACGGUUGAUAGGCAAAUUUUUGAUUUCAGUAAUCUGACGAACGUUUGCUGAAACCUAUCAGCAAACUGUAGUCAAAAUUUUCGAUAGCCGACAUUACUGAAUGUUCGGCAAUGCUUUGAACAUUGCUGGAAAUUCAGUAAAAGUCCGUCAAACACAGGGGGCGCUUGUGGCUGUCAAACUCCAUACAUUUUCCAUCUACCACUCAUUGAUUCUGAUACCAGCGUUUCUGGUACCCACUUUUUGGUUGGUUUGCCCUAAAACAAGUGAAAUAGAGUAAACGUCCGAUUUUUUUGGUAGACUUAUUUUCGAGUAAAUGUCGUUUUAGAUGAAAAAAAAACAAGAGCUCAACAUUUGUUUUCAGUACAAUGUGCACUUUCAAUGAAUAAGAUAAGUUUUGUAAGUGUUUGAAAUAAAAUAUUACCGCCGUGAUGAAUUUAUGAUUGGUAGGCAAAAUGUUGACGUUUAUAGGCCCCUGGUCAAACAUGAAUGACAUUUUACAUGGCUGAAAAUUUAGUAAAGUAGCGUCAAAAUGAAUGACAUUUCACAUUGCUGAAACGUUCAGUAAUAAUUUAUUGCUGAAACGAUUACUGAAGUUUCAGCGUGGCAAAAUUCAGUAAAAGUUAAAUGAAUUUCAGUAAAAAAAAUUUGGUAGUGUAAUCUUAUUUCUACUUUUGAAUCCGUUCUGAAGUAAGUUGAACCUGUUGAGGCAUAUUGCUUGAGCGGAGAAUACAAUUCAGAUGGGUCAAUUAAUGUAUCAUGAUCAUUGAUUGAUGACACAUUUGAUAAUAAGGAUAUUAUAGAUGUUGCUGCUGGGCACUCUGCCUCAGAUCAGCGUAACGCAAGGCCAACCCUGAAAGGCCCAACGAAAUGAGUGUCACUGAACGUCAAACUACUAUCGAAAUAAUAAAGAAACUAAGUAGAACGGAAGCAAAGUAGAUGAUCGAGAACAUCGAGUUGAGGAGUUAGAUUGAACCACUCGUGGUGUGAACAUCUUAAAAUACUUAUAAUUAAAACUUAGUGCUAUCUUAACCUAAAUGCUAUUAAACUACAUUAUUACUUAUAAACUAAAUUGGAAUUUUGGCCUUAAACCUAAAGAGGCGGUCACAGAGAGCUAGGUUAGAUCAUUGCAUCAAAUGUGCAGUCUGAGAUAACGUUAACCUACAAGUAAUUAUUGUAAACUUAUGUCUAAACUACAUGCAAUACCAAUAUGUACAAUUACAGCUGGAUUAAAAAUAUAAAAUAGGUCAGGUUGACCGUGAGCAACAAUCCGGUGAGAACACCGAAAGUUUUAAAGCUGCACUGAACCGUAAUUUGGUUGUUUGUGCUGCUAAGAACCCGGUGUUCGAAAUUCUCCACGAAAUUGCUCCUCGCUAACACAACUUUAAAACUUUCGUUCGACGAUGUUGCGAAUAACGAGUGAUCGCAAACGCCGGAUCCUAAAUAGAAUUGUCAUUGGCGAUGUUGCGAAUAGCAAAUCGCAAACACCAGAUUUAGGAAAAGCGGGAAGCUGCGUCAGCUGUUCGCGCUCCGAUUCCUAUGACAAUCUUGUCCAGUGUGACCAGUGUGACGAGUGGCGGCACAUGCGAUGUGCGGGAGUAACUGAAUCAAUUGCAGAUCAGUCAUGGGUAUGCCGCGGUUGUGUACCGCACAGUGUGAUUUCAUCUUCCAGUAGUAAAUCUGCACGUAUAGGUCUACGAAUUCAGCAGCUGGAGGAAGAGCGCGCAAUUCAGCAGCGCGAGUUGGAGGCAGAGAGAAAGGCAUUGGAGCAAGAGAGGAAAGCGAUACAAGAGAAAUAUAGGCUCCUGGAAGAGCAGUUAUCAAAUACGAGAGACGACGUUAGUAGUGGUAGCCGAGUGAGUCGGCAAUUGAGCAUGGGACGCGUUCGCAACGAACAAAUGAAGGAAGGUGCCGCAGCUGAAGCAGUAGAUGAGGAUGAACUACAUCAUCAAGAUGAUACCAAUAGGUCGGUGAUGAAUGGCAAGAAUAAUUUCAACGUACAGCAAAUACACCAAUCCAACCAACAGUCAACAAUAAUGGAAAAAUUUGAUAUGCAGAGGAAUCAGAGUGAUCACCCAGGUGACCGGAGGUAAGAUAAUCGAAGUCGGCAGCGGCACA